UCUCUUUUCGCCCUCUUCUCUCCCCUCUCGCCUCCGAACUCCGUCCUCGCCUCCUCUCGCUCGCCGUCGAAGCCGAGUGGGUGAAGGUUUUUUUCCCACCGCCCUUCUCUCUAUCUCUCUCCCGAAUUCCGGCUCCUUCUACUGCCGCACCGCGCGCCCGCGCCCCACAAGGGGAAGAAGAGGACGGUUUCAUAAUUUACAUCAGAAAUAAUCUGAUUGGUUUGGGCAAUGGCCGGAACUAUUACAGAGGAUCAUGGGAUGAGCCUUAGGUAUUCAGCCACAGAGGGAAUGUUGAGCGAGCAGCGUUGCCUGUCGGGUGAUUCAAUUACAGAAUGGCGGUCUCGUGAGCAGUUCGAGAACGGGGCACCUUCCACUUCACCCCCAUAUUGGGAUACUGACGACGAUGAUGAUUGUGGGCCAAAGCCGUCUGAGCUCUAUGGAAAACAUACAUGGAAGAUUGAGAAUUUCUCAACAAUCAACAAAAGAGAAUUGCGAGGUGAUGCAUUUGAAAUUGGUGGUUACAAGUGGUUCAUUUUGGUCUACCCACAGGGUUGUGAUGUCUGCAAUCAUCUUUCUUUGUUUCUUUCUGUUGCUAAUCAUGAGAAACUUCUGCCAGGUUGGAGUCAUUUUGCACAGUUUACGAUAGCUGUAGUUAACAAAGACCCAAAAAAAUCAAAGUACUCUGAUACAUUACACAGGUUUUGGAAGAAGGAACAUGAUUGGGGUUGGAAAAAAUUCAUGGAGUUGUCAAAAGUUUAUGAUGGCUUUGUUGUCGCUGACACUCUUGUUAUCAAAGCCCAAGUUCAAGUUAUUAGGGAGAAAGCAGAUCGACCUUUCCGUUGUCUUGAUUGCCAAUACAGAAGGGAACUGGUUCGAGUGUAUUUGUCAAAUGUAGAGCAAAUUUGCCGUCAUUUUCUGGAAGAAAGAAUAGGCAAGCUUAGCAAAUUUGUUGAAGAUAAAGUCAGGUGGCCCAGUUUUCGUGCUUUUUGGUCAGAAACCGAUCCAAAUGCGAGGCAGCACAUGUCAAGAGACAAAACAGAUGCUAUAUUGAAAGUUGCUGUCAAGCAUUUUUUCAUAGAGAAAGAAGUUACAUCAACUUUAAUUAUGGAUUCUCUAUACAGUGGGCUGAAAGCUCUUGAAUUCCAGAGCAAGAACAUGAAUGGAAGAGAUAAAUCAGUAGACUUAGAGGAAUUACCAGCUCCUAUGGUACAUGUUGAUAAAGAUUUGUUUGUGUUGGCUGAUGAUGUAAUCGUUUUGAUCGAAAGAGUUGUAUCAGAUUCAUUGUCUCAUCAGCCUUUGCCUUCAAAAGAUGACAAGUGUUUGCAGAACCGUAUAAAGGAUGGAAGUUCUGGAGAUGAAUUUAACAAGGCUUCUAUUGAGCGAGAUGAAAGGCGACUUAUGGAGCUGGGUCGCAGGACUAUUGAAAUUUUUGUCCUGGUUCACAUAUUCAGCAGUAGGAUCGAAGUUUCCUACCAGGAGGCUGUUGCUUUAAAGAGGCAGGAGGAGCUUAUUCGGGAGGAAGAAGCAGCUGGCCAAGCUGAAAAUGAGCUUAAGUCUAAGCGUGGUGUUACUGAAAAGGAAAAGCGUGCAAAGAAAAAACAGGCUAAACAGAAGCGUAAUAGUCGCAAAGGUAAAGAGAGAGGAAAGGAUGAGAGGUGUAAUCAAGUACCGGAAAGACUUCAACAGGAAACUCCAUCGGAAGAAAGGAUUUCAGAUAGCUUCCUCCAACAGGAAAUUCCAUCAGUAGAAAGGAUUUCAGAUAGCUUCCCUUCUGAGCGGGUAGAAUUGGUUACUGAAAAGAUUGGUACCCUGGAAGAUGCAUCUGACGUGUCUGACACUGGAGAUGAUGUCAUUGAGGUUCUGCAACCGGGAUCAAAUGACAGAGAUUCCAGUCCUAGUAAUUGGGAUAUAGAUACAUCAGAAACUCAUCUGGCCGCUGAAGCUAGUGUCAGUGAUGUACAAAAUGGGCAAAGUGAAAAGAGGAGCCAAUCUGCAAUGGACGACAGCUCCUCAACAUGCUCAACUGAUUCAGUCCCCUCUGUUACCAUGAGUGGACCAUACAAAGGAAGCACUUUACAAAGCAACAACAAUAUCCAGUCUCGCAACAGAGGAAAAGGUCGGAAUGAGGAAACACAUGAACGGAUGGGUUUAACUAAUGGUGGGCAUAUUCCACGAUCUGAAACAACUCUUGUUGAUGGCCAUUCACAUGAUGUCACUGGCAGCAAGGUCUCACGACCUGAAUCAGAGGCCAGUGUAUUCUCCCUAAAGGGUGAGAUGCAGCGGCUUGAGAAAAAUCUAGCUGAAAAGGAGGAAGUUUCUCUUCAAAAGAAGCUAACUCCCAAUGAUCAGGUUGAUUCAGAGAAACAUUCUUCUUCACCUAGCCUUGGUAAAAAGAUAUCCAACAUUCCUCAGCAGCCUAAGCAGUUGUCUGUGAUAACCACCUCCGUGGCUGUUUCCACCACUGCCACCAUCUCAGUGGAGCCAACAUCUUCUAAAGAGCAACCAUCAAGCAGCACUGCACAAACUGACAAGGUUCCAGCUAUUGCAUCAAGAUCACCCCCAAUUGUGUCCAGUAUUCACUCUGAAGCUCUGAAGCAAAACACACAAGCAAAGAUUAAUGGUCCACACCAAUUCAAUGCAACAUCAAGGCCUUAUAGUGCUCCUCUCAUCCCAGCACCAAGGCCUACUGUGCCCAUUCCUUCCGCAGUUCAAGCAGUACCUCUACUUUCACGCUCUGUGAGUGCAGCUGGUCGAUUAGGCAAUGAUCCUUCUCCAACUGCCCCAAGUUUCGUUCCACAGUCAUAUAGAAAUGCCAUAAUUGGUAAAAGGGGAUCUUGUUUAAAUGAUGAUACUACAUCCUGCAGCCAAAGUGUUGCUUAUUCGCAUUCUCCAUCAAUGUUUUUAUCAUCUACAUCUAUGCUUCCACCUCAGACUCCUACAAGGAUGGACCAUCCAUCACUUCGGCAUGGAUUGACCUUUGGUUGCCUUAAGCCUGAAGUAGUCCACAGCCAGCACCUAGGGAGAGACGACAGCUACCAUGAAUCCAGCAGCAGCAGCAGUCAGAGUUUUGGCUCAAGUCUCGGGGAUAACAUGGGGAAGCUCAAUGUUUAUGGAAAAUCACUUGCACAGAAAUAUCCAGCUGAGAGUGCCUCCAGGGUUACCCCAUAUCAUGUCCAAGGGACGGUAGGGGAUGAGUUCCCCCAUCUUGACAUCAUCAAUGAUUUGCUAGAUGAUGAACAGAACGUUGGAAGGACAGCAAGAAGUCCCCAGUAUGCCUUCAGUCGGCAGUUCUCCUUUCCGGGUAAUUUGUCUUCCGCCGACACCGGGUCACUAGGUAGCUCUGGCCAGUUUGAACAACUGGAUCAGUACUAUGAUGAGGGCUUCCAUAGGGGCUACGGUGCAUCCAAUAACCCUCCCGAAGGGCUGAGGGAUGGACGUAUGCAGCAGAUGGAUCUUUUGGCCUAUGCUAAUCGACAGUUUGAUGGACUGAUGCGGAACCAGCAGCCUUAUGGAAUUACUGAUCUAUCGAUGCUCGGCCUGAGGGAUGCAGAUGUGAAUGGAUACUCUUACCAGCUUCAAGACUAUUUUGCAAGAGGCGGGAACGGAUACUUGUACCGUCCUUGAGGUAGGUAACCUGAGAGCACAUACGAUCAUGUGGUCUUAGUAAUGGUUAUAAUUUGAGGUAAUUUAUUCUUCUGAGCUUUGUUGUGCUGUAAUCCUCUCACCUUUAUCUUUUUUUGUUCAUCUCCUUAAAGAAUAUUUGGUAGAGGAAGAUUCUGCAUUUCCUCUUUUGUAGUAGUGCAUCUGCUUUUGUA